AUGAAUUUCGUAACCUUCAACCAGGACCACAGCCAUCUAGGCGUCGGCACGCCCAAUGGCUACCGCAUAUACACCACCGACCCGUUCAACAAGCAGUCCGAGUCGCGCGAGGGAGAUGUCUCCAGCCUCGAGAUGCUCUUCUCCACGUCGCUGGUAGCGCUUACGCUGUCGCCACGCGUGCUGCGCAUACAAAACACCAAGAGGCACUCGACCAUAUGUGAGAUGACAUUCCGGACAGCCAUCCUCGCCAUGCGCAUGAACAGGAAACGCAUCGUCGUCGUGCUCGAGUCGGAACUCUACAUCUACGAUAUAAGCAACCUGCAGAUGCUCAAGACGGAGAAGACGUCGCCUAAUCCUAAUGCAUCGUCCGAGAACAACUACCUCGUGUAUCCGCUGCCCACCAAAGCCGCACCGGCGACCUUCCAGCCGCCUUCGCACGCGCCGCCCAAAGCCGAUCACAUCGCACCCACAAGCGGAGAAGUCCUUAUAUACGAUGCUACAAAGAUGGAGGCAGUCAACGUGAUUGAGGCGCACAACUCUCCACUCUCUUGCAUUGCGCUGAACAGCGAUGGUACCCUAUUGGCGACGGCAUCGGAAAAGGGCACCAUCAUCCGCGUCUUCUCCAUACCCGAUGCGCAAAAGCUGUACCAGUUCCGGAGAGGCUCCAUUCCGGCCAGGAUAUACAGCAUGUCUUUCAACUCGACAUCGACCUUGCUCAGUGUAUCGUCGGCGACCGAGACUGUUCACAUCUUCCGCUUAGGAGCGCCCAACAGCAGGAGUAAUAGCGUAUCUUCUGGGCCUAGCAAGCCCAUGGGCGCGUCCCAUGCACGUAGCGGAAGUCGGACGAGCCAAGAGACUGCGGAUGAAUUCGGUGCUAGCACAGCAGAUGUAUCGACUCCGGAGCGGAAACCCAUCAAUCCCACGUUUGGGAGCUUGAUUCGACGCACAUCGCAGACCGUUGGAAAGUCCUUCGCCGCUACCGUCGGCGGAUAUUUACCCAGCGCUGUAGCCGAGAUCUGGGAGCCCUCGCGCGACUUUGCGUGGGUCAAGAUACCACGCUCUCCGACAAGCUCUUCCACGGGGCCUGUUAGGAAUGUGGUAGCGCUGAACAACAACGGUCCUCAGAUUAUGGUAGUUACCAGUGAAGGCAACUACUAUGUCUUCAACGUGGACUUGGAAAAGGGAGGCGAGGGUACACUGUACAAACAGUACUCGUGUGUUGUCCGUUCGCUUACUGCCUUUUGA